AUGUCGUUAUACACAACAUACAGCAUAACAAUGCAAUUCUCAUCAAUUAUUGAUUAUAAUUUUAUAAAAUAUGAUAAUGAUCAAUUUGUUAAUAGCAAUCAACAGUGUCAAGAAUGUCAGGAACAUCAGAAAAUCCAAGAAUCUUCACAACAUAACGAGCAUCAAGAAAAUCAGAAAUAUCUAGAAUUUCAAGAGCAUCAAGAAUACUCACGAUCUCAAGGAUCUUCACAACAUCAAGAACAUCAGGAAUAUCUACAAUCUCAAGAACAUAAUGAAUAUUCCCAACAUCAAGAAUAUUCUCAAGUUCAAGGAUAUCAAAUAGAUAUUUCUAUAAGAUUAUCACAAAUGAAGGCGAUGAUAUAUGGUGGAAAUGUCAAAACAAAUUUUUUGGAAUGGUUUCCACGUGAUCAACUUUAUAUUUUGGAUUAUAUUGGUACAUGUGAAUUUGGAAUAACUUAUGCACUCUAUAAUAUAUUUAAAUAUUAUGGGGUUGUGUUAUUUCCUGAACUUAACAAAUAUGGAAUUGUGAUGCAGUAUUGUAAUGGCGGUAGCUUAACACAGUAUAUGAAUCAAAAUUGGAGCUUUACGAGCUGGAAAAAUAAAUUGGAAAUAUUACUUGAUAUAGCAUCUGCGUUGAAUUCAUUACAUAAAGAAGGUUUAAUACAUGGAAGUCUAAACAGUGACACGGUAUUAAUUUCAUCAUCGUUAGAUUCAUCAUCUACAUCAUCAAACGCGCCAAAGGCAUACUUGAACGAUUUAAAAUAUUGUAAACAUAUCGACAAAUUUGAAAAGCACCCUGAAGGACUGAUGUAUUUCACCGCACCAGAACUAUUAAUGGACAGAUCUAAACCUUUCAGCAAAAAAGUUGACAUUUAUAGUUUUGGGAUGAUAAUGUAUCACGUGGCCACCAGCCAAUUGCCGUAUGCAUCAAUAGACAAUAGGCUUUUAUUGGAGUUUUUCGUGUUCAAUGGGAUAAAACCUGUCAUUCCUUCUGGUCUAACAUUGCCAAAUUAUUAUCAUGCACUAAUUCAAAGAUGCAUCAGUCGAGAUUCAAAUAAACGACCAGAUAUCAAGGAUAUAAUUUACAAUUUGUCGGCUUGGAUAUUAUGUUUAACAAAUAGUGAAUCUCCGUCUAUACAAAUUACCUAG